AUGACCCGAUGGAGAGCGUCCGCCGUGCACCCGCUGCACAGGCUGAGGCGGCGCGAGGCCGCGGGAGCCGACGGCAGCGGCGGCGGCGGCGGGUGCGAGGUGUGCAGCGAGGCCGUGGAGCGCGCGUGCUACGCCUGCGUCGCGUGCGGGGUCGCCGUGCACCCGCUGUGCGCGCGGAUGCCCGGGUCGGCGCGGGGCCCCGCGCACCCGGACGACGGCGAUGGCAAGCAAAAGCAGAAGCAGGCGGUGGGGUGCGGCUCGUGCGGCCGGGCCCUGGGCGCGUGGCGGUACCGCUGCGUGACGUGCGCCGCGGAGUUGCACCCCCGCUGCCUGGUGCCGGCGGUAGACCAGUGCCGCGGCGCCGGCGAGGGCGAGGCCGGGCGCGCGGGUUCCGCGGCCAGUAGCUGCUGCUUGGGGCUGGUGCACGACCUGACGCGCUGCUUGGCCACGCUGGGCACCGCCCUCCACUACCGUGGUUACUACAAUGGUUGACGUUGUAACGCGGGAAGCUUGGAAAUUAUGCGUGCAUAGCCAUAGCAUCGGCACUCUGGAGAUGGAUCUCCCAGCUCUGAAUAUGAUCGAGUGCAAAACAGUAGCAGUACUACCAACCUGUUCCUUGUUUGCUCACC